GGGCGCCAAGUAAAAUGAUGAAGGCUGGGAUGAAUAACGCAUUGAACCACCUAGAAGAGGUCAUUAUGAAUUCGCCACUAUUACAAGAAGCUAAGAAGGAUCCCAGAACAACAGCAGCUCAUGAUGUUUGUAUGAAUGUUCUUGAUCGAUCAAUGAAAGACUUGCAGAGAACUUUGGAGAGGAUGCAUGUUCUCGAUUUUGAUUUAGAUGACUUGGAUGACCGUCUUUUUGAUCUCAAAGUUUGGCUAUCUAGUGCUAGUAAAGGUCAAAAUACUUGUUGCGAUGCUUUUGAGAAAACAAGCGGAGAGGCAGGGGAAAGAAUGAAGGAACUCCUGAAAGUAUCUAAAGAACUGACAGUUACUACUUUUAAUAUGAUCGAUACAUUAGGCACUUUUUUGAGAGGUUUGCAAUCAAUGGGAGUGGUACCCGAACAGGAAGCACAAGGACAAGGUGCCAAUACACAAGGACAAAGUGGAAGUACACGAAGACUAUUACAGGUCCCAUUGCCACCAGAUCAGGUUCCUGCCUGGGUAAAGCCGAACUGGAAAAAUCUUCUUGCAGGCGAUGGUGCCAAAGCCAAGGCUCAUGCUGUUGUUGCAGCAAAUGGAUCUGGGAAAUUUAAGACUAUUAACGACGCUGUGAAAUCAAUUCCACCAAAUAGUCCAGAGAUGUAUAUCAUAUACAUUAAGGAAGGCGUUUAUGCUGAAAACGUUGUGAUUGGGUGGACGCAAACUAAUGUGAUGGUAGUUGGGGACGGCCCAGAGAAAACUAAGAUCACGGGUUCAAGAUCUGAGAAGAGAGGUUACAACACACUGCAAUCUGCAACUUUUGGAGUGGACGGAUUCAAUUUCUUGGUAAAGGACGUUGGAUUCGAGAACACAGCAGCCCCAACAGAAGGCCCUGCAGUGGCACUGCGCAUAGCAGCAGACAAAGCAGUCGUGAUCAACUGCAAAAUGGAUGGCUAUCAAGACACUCUCUUUGCCCAGGUCUAUCGCCAAUACUACCGCGACUGCCAAAUCUCUGGCACCAUUGAUUUCGUUUUUGGAGGCAGUGUUUCCAUCUUCCAAAACUGCCACAUAAUGGCCAGAAAGCCUGCUCUUGGACAGGCUGACCUGGUCCUAGCCCAAAACCGCGAAUUUGCUAAUGACAUUUCAGGAAUAGUACUCGAUGGCUGUACCAUCAAGGCCGAACCAGCUCUAACUUCUGAUAAAGGUGUCCUAUCAUACUUGGGCCGCCCCUGGAAAGAGUACUCAAGGAUGAUUGUAAUGAAUUCCGACAUUGAUGGUUUUAUCAAUCCUAGUGGAUGGGAUAUAUGGCUCCCUAACAAGCCAAACACUCAGCACUCGUAUAUCGGAGAGUAUAACAACAAAGGCCCGGGUGCUGAUGUUUCACAGAGAGUGAAAUGGCCUUCAUAUAAGAAACUUUCUCCUACUGAAGCUGCUACUUAUUGUCCUUCAACUUUCCUUAAGGCCGAUUCCUGGCUUCCACCUACUGGUGUCUCUGUGAAGUGAAAAUCUUCGGCCAUUCGAUAUAUCUCAACAACAUUAUGUAUCUGACAUUUUGAAUGCAUGAACAAUAAGGAGGCAAAAUGAGUCUCUAAUUUACAUGGUGCCGCUAAGAGCUGUAAUGUGAUCCUGAAUAGAACAGUACACAGAGGUAGGUUUAUCAAUUUUUUCAUAGGUUUUUAAUGUAAACUUGUCAAGUGUUAGUUUGAGAUUUCCCUCAUUACAUUGCAUCUUAUAAUCAGAUUUGAUUGACUACGAUUUCAGUUCUGG